GUGGAAUAGUCAUUCCAAUAUAACAUUCUAUAAAUAGGAAUUAGUGAUCGUAUAUCUCCAUCCAACACCAAUAGUUUACCAAAGAAACUAGAGUUAUGGGGUCAUUCAACUUCCAAUUUGCACUAAUGUGUUUCUUAACUCUUGCCAUGUUUCAAAGCACACAUGCACAAAAUUCACCACAAGAUUACUUAAAUGCUCACAAUGCAGCGCGUUCUCAAGUGGGCGUUGGAGGAAUGGUAUGGAAUCCGACUGUAGCUGCCUACGCUCAGAGAUAUGCUAACCAAAGGGCAGGGGACUGCAAUCUCGUCCAUUCCGGUGGACCUUAUGGUGAGAACAUUGCCCAAGGUACUGGCGCAUUCUCAGGUACUUCAGCUGUAAAUUUAUGGGUAAGUGAAAGAUCAUCGUAUGACCACACUACCAAUACGUGUGCUAGCGGGAAGGUUUGUGGACACUAUACUCAAGUUGUGUGGCGUGAUUCUACUCAACUUGGAUGUGCUAGGGUUCAGUGCGCCAAUAACGCUGGGUGGUUCGUUAUUUGCAGCUAUUCUCCCCGUGGAAACUAUAUUGGCCAGUCUCCUUACUAGUUAACCACUGAUAUAUGUAUGUUGUUGGUCCCUUAAAUACCCAUAUAAUGUAUGAAUAAACUAGCAUUUUCAUAUGCAAUAAUAAAUGAUGGAGCUAAAAUGGUUAUGCUACUUUUAAAUA